UCAUGUACUUGCAAAAGCUGUAAAGUGGAGAUAAGAAUGACUGCUUUGUCUGCUCCCCAAUUUAUAACUAAAAUCAAAUGAAAAAAAGAGUCUAAAAGCAUUUUGGUUGUUUGUGUUUAAGCCUUUUAUUACAGAAAACUUCAAACAUAACACAGAAGUAGAGUAAUACAAUGAACUUCCAUAUUCUCAACCUCACUUCAACAAUUAUUGACUCACGGCCACCAGUCUUAUAUCAAUUAUACAUUGACUUUCUCCUGUAUUAUUUUGAAGCCAACCUAGACAUUAUACCAUUUCAUUCAUAAAUAGGAAAACAUUUUUAUGAACUAAAGUUCUAGGUCAGUGUAAGGAUUAUCUUGGAAUGAAGUGAAAAUGCAAUCUUAGAAAUAUGUUGAAUUCCAGUAAUUAUAAAAGUGUUCUAGAAAGGAGAAAAGUUAAUAUCUGGUUGAGAUAUACAAAGGGUUAAUUGAGCAAGACUUCCUGAGGUUAAAGAGCUUUGAAUUUUUAUUUUAAAAAGGGAGUGAGUAAUGAACCAGAAGAGGGAGACCAUUCCCUGGUAGAUCACAGAACGCCAGCUUGGCAGGAAGAGAGGUAGGAUUGCAGAUGUUAUGGGCUGAUGCCAAAAAGGCUAGAAGAAUAAAGACAAAUAUGUGGAAGCACAAUAUAAAGUUUCAUCAACUUUCAUACCGGGAGAUGGAGCAUUUGAGACAGUUCCGUCGAGACGUCGCCAAGUGUCUUUUCCUAGGUAUUCUUUCCAUUCCACCCUUUGCCAACUACCUGGUCUUCUUGCUAAUGUACCUGUUUCCUAGGCAACUGCUGAUCCAACAUUUCUGGACCCCAAAGCAACAAAUUGAUUUCUUAGAUAUCUAUCAUGCUCUCCGGAAGCAGUCCCACCCAGAAAUUCUUUGUUAUUUAGAAAAGGUUAUCCCUCUCAUUUCUGAUUCAGGACUCCGGUGGCAUAUGACAGAAUUGUGCACCAAGAUGCAACGUGGUACCCACCCAGCAAUACAUGAUAUCCUGGCUCUGAGACAGUGUUUCUCUAACCGUCCUCUGGGCAUGAACCAGCUCCAUGCUUUGCAGAUGAAAGCCUUGAGUCGAGCAAUGCUUCUCACACCUUAUCUGCCUCCUGUCUUGUUGAGAUACCGUUUAAAGACUCAUACCACUGUGAUUCACCAACUGGACAAGGCUUUGGCAAAGCUGGGGAUUGGUCAGCUGACUGCGCAGGAGGUGAAGUCGGCUUGUUAUCUUCGUGGCCUGAAUUCCACCCAUAUUGCUGAAGAGAGGUGUCGAACUUGGCUGGGAGAAUGGCUGCAGCUUUCCUGCAGCCUGAAAGAAGCUGAGCUGUCCCUCUUGCUACACAAUGUGGUCCUGCUUUCCAUCAACUACAUUGGGACAAGGCACUGAGCCGACAAGGAGCGGGUGGCAUUGUCCUGCAUGCAGUCACAUAGUCCAGCAGCGUGGGACCAAACAGCACUUGUCAGCAAAGAGUGUGUGCCCUGUUAGGCGUGUGCAAGGCAGAGGAGCAGGUGCCCGUGUGGCAGC